GAUUUGGAGGAUCGAAGGAGGAAGACAGGAGCCAAAGGUGACAGUGAACAGGGGCGGACACGCGCAGGACACCACUCCUUUAUUUCUCUUCAUGGUGGUUUGGACACUUGUAGUAUGUAUGAGAAGUUAACCAUGCUGAACCUGCAGAGCAGCUCAAACUGGAGUGGGCCUAACAACUGGUACCACGACCCCACUGGCGUUCAGACACAACACAGCACAGUGUCGGAGGGCUGCCUGCUGGACACUGAGGGCAGCAUGGGAGGAGAGGCAGGGGGAGGGGGGACAGGCCGAGGGGGAGGUGUCCCCGUGGAGAGGGACGAGGGUGAGGAGUCUCAGCUCAGGCUGCAGCUCAAGAGGAAGCUGCAGAGGAACAGGACCAGCUUCACACAGGAGCAGAUCGAGGCUCUGGAGAAAGAGUUUGAAAGGACACAUUACCCAGAUGUCUUUGCGAGGGAGAGAUUGGCAAACAAGAUUGAUUUACCAGAGGCCCGGAUACAGGUGUGGUUCUCAAACCGAAGAGCCAAAUGGAGGAGGGAGGAGAAGCUGCGCAAUCAAAGGAGGUCAGGGGGUGUGACUUCCUGUUCACAGAGCCAAGCCCCUCUGACUACUUCUUUCAACACGUCUGUCUAUCAUCAGCAGCACGGCAGCAGUUCAGGUGAUCAUCACCCAGCAAGACGACUGUUUAACUCUGGGUCCAUGUUGAGUCAGGCUGAGUCGUCCCUGCCCAGCUACAGCUCCCUGUCAGUUUUCUCAUCUGGAGUCCAGUCUAUUCCUCCCCAGUCGGCCUCCUCCUACUCCUGCAUGUUACCUCCAUCACCCUCUGCCCCGCGCAGCUUUGAUUCAUCAGCGUACUCCUCUCCUCAUCUGCAGACUCCGUCCUCGGCCAACUCUAAUACCGGGCUCAUAUCGCCUGGUGUUUCAGUGCCGGUCCAGGUUCCAGGAACUGAGCAGCAGGGCAUGAGUCAUAACCUGGGCCAGUACUGGGCCAGAUUACAGUGAACAACAGGCAAUCGAUGCCAAAUGGCAGCAACAAAGAGGAAGGGGGGGUGGAGGGGCAUGUAACAAAAAGGUGUCAUGAAAACAAUAUGGGAGACACUCGGGUUUUAAUGAAGCACAGAACUGAGCUAUAGAGGGGCCUCAAUGAGUUACGGACCCCGAAAUGCAUUAAAUGUUUACAAAUUCAGCCAAGAGCAGCUUUGGUUGCACUUGAGAGUACUCUGGUCAUACUGGUAUUUGCUUAGUACUAUCAGGUUGGGCUUUUUUUAAAAUAGUGUGUUAAUCAUAGGGCUGAGAUCAUCAUAAGUAGGAUCAGUAUGAGGUAUAUUCAGGAUUAAGUCAGGUUUAGAAUCAGACUUAUGGCAGGGUUUAGGUUACACUGUCUGUGCAACAGCUGACAGUGCUUUGCAUCACCAGGUUGUUGAGAAUUAGUAUUCGAAGUUUCACAAUAUUUUAUUAUCAUGUCACACAAGAAAAACAGGGAAGGAGGAAACAUAGUCUUUAUUACACAGAGCUGUAAUACACUGUGAGAUGUGGUUGAAAUCCCUGAAAAGCCAGCAGGUGAACUUUUGAGCUUAGACUAUCUUGUCAUGUGUUAACAAAUAUUAUCCAUGGGGUGGCAGAAAAGGUUUAGAGAAAAAAAAAAAGUUUCAUGUAGUGCAGUCUUGAAGUUUUCAAAUAUCAAAUGUUCAGCAUGCCUGAGCAAUACUUUUGCUCAGACAUGCUGAGCAAAUGGCAGGGUUAUGAUUGUAAUUCUACCAUAUAGAAACGCUUCAAGAGGCGAUUCAGCAGUACUAAAUAAAUACCAGCAAUGUAUUGUGAAGUGUAACCACAGUUUCUUGUUACUUGAGCAGCUCAAUGAUAUUGUGAUAGCGAGCUUGUUCCCUAAGCUGUGUGAGGCUACUGUGAAGAUUUUAGACUUGCUUAUGGCAAUCACUUUUACUAAAACUUAAAAAAACAUACAAUAAAAAAAGUAAAUCCUACCUACCCUGUCAGCUACAUUACACUAAGACUGAUACUGCAUAUUUUUGUACAGACAUCUGUGUAUGAUGAAGAUAAUUGUGGAAUAUUGUCAGAUAUUAUUGGAGGGAAGAAUGUAGCACAUUGUGGAUUAAAAUCAUCCUUGAAGCACAAAUUUCAUUUGUUAAAAUAAAAUAUUGGAGGUGUAUCAUUUCAACACUGCUAUCAGAUGUUGUCUGAUAUAAGGCCAACCAUGAAAAUAUUACAUAUUUACAGAUCACAGAUUUUUGCUGAAAACAACACUAAAGCAAUUUUCUUUUUUGUUUUAUAUAUAUGAAUACAUCAUAACUAUUCCAUAACAAAAUUAGCAGUCAUACAUUGGCUACUUGGAGUGGCAGGGAAUUUUUUUGCGUGUCAUUAAAAAGCAUAUCCGUCAGCCAGUGACAAUCAACCAUCAUUACACAGCAAAGAAACCUUAGGCUGUCUUCAGACCAUCAAAUGCAAAUGCUUGCUUGCAAGACUGACAAUCAAAGGUGGAAGUAACGGAGAUGGUAACCGAAAAAAAAACUCUGAAUUUUUUGGAGCACUGCCUAUACAAUCAAAGUGACAUUUAUCGACUGUGCAUGACCAAAAUAAGCCGCUAUAGACAAUCAGCUACAUGCAGAAAAGAAUCGAGUAUUGUGCAAAAACCUGUUACUGUACUUAGCAGAGUUUGAAGUUCUGCUCACUUUCCUCUUACUAUUGUUUUUGUUGAUGCAUCUCAGUUUGAACUCAUAUGAAAUGUCUUUCAGCUCUUAUUUAUUUGUCUUUUCACUCGUUCACAUGAGUCCUCUGUGUUGUUUUCUGUUGUUGUUGUGUGUUGUGUUAGUACUGUAUAGUUACCAAGAGUCAACCCUUUUGUGAAGGCCUUGGAUCCCUUUAAUGAAAAUAAAACUGUGUGUAAUGA